CAGUGAUAGUAAAAUUAAACCAAAGCCGCUUUUGCAAGUCAUACAAUUGAAUUUUCAUAAUAGCGUACUAGUAUUUUUAAUUUUAAACAAGUCUAUAAUUCUAUUUAUCUAUUUUAACUACAGAAAUUUUCUGAAAAACUUAAAAUCAUGUUCUUAACACGUUCAGAAUACGACAGAGGAGUAAACACAUUCUCUCCAGAAGGCAGACUGUUUCAGGUGGAAUAUGCAAUUGAAGCAAUUAAAUUGGGUUCUACGGCCAUUGGCAUUUGUACACCUGAAGGUGUAGUGUUAGGAGUAGAAAAACGAAUCACUUCACCACUAAUGAUCACUAGCAAGAUAGAAAAAAUCUUUGAAGUUGAUAAGCACAUUGGUUGCGCAGUUAGUGGGCUGAUUGCAGACUCUCGUACAAUGGUUGAAAGAGCUAGAGCUGAGUCACAAAACCAUUGGUUUACAUACAACGAACAAAUGAGUGUUGAAUCUGUGGCACAAGCUGUAUCUAAUCUAGCCAUACAAUUCAGUGGAGAUUAUGAUAGCAAAGAACCUGCAAUGAGUCGUCCAUUUGGUGUUGCAAUAAUGUUUGCAGGUAUUGAUAACAAUGGUCCACAACUAUUUCAUUUGGACCCAUCAGGCACGUAUGUCCAGUAUAACGCUAAAGCUAUUGGAUCCGGUAGUGAAGGUGCUCAACAGACAUUGCAAGAAAAAUAUCACAAAUCGAUGGGAUUAAAUGAAGCUAUAAAUGUUAUUUUGAACAUACUGAAACAAGUUAUGGAGGAUAAACUCAGUCCUACUAAUAUCGAAAUUGUUACUGUGACACCUGAUAAACUGUACCACAUGUUGGAUAAAGAAGAACUUCAAGAGGUGUUUGAUAAGCUUGUACCUUUCCCUGAAGAAACUAAGGCUAGUUCAUCAACUGCUGUUUCUGGAACGGUCGCCUAAGAUACAUAUUGAUUAUAAGUUAUAAAAUUUAAAAAAUAAAAUCAUAUUUCAUUGGUGUAUGUCACUAGAGAAAAAAUAUACAUUUAAUAUUUUUCAUA